AUGCUCCAGAACUUCCGCUCAACCGGCGGCGCGCCAUCCACCUCCGCUCCCGGAGCCGCCCCGUCACCCUCCGCUCCCGGAGCCACCCCCGUAUUCACGGACCUGUUCAAGAAGGACGGCGUUGCCCAGGGCCCCAACGCCGUCGCCGGGCGGGGGGUGCUCGGCCUCGAUGCCAACCGAGGGAGCCUCAAGGGCCCCCGUUCGUCGAAGCCUUUUAUGACCCGUUUGCCGAGCAGCAUCUUCCGCCCGGAGCUAGAGAGGAACUCGAAGGCUGUAGGUGCGGGGCAGGAAGAGAAUGGCUCUGCCAUUGCGCUUAAGAGGCACUACAGCUACGAAGAGCUUGGGAAGAGGCUAGGGGAGCUGCGGCCGGCGGGUGCGGGCAAAGACGGUAAGUUGUGGUUCUCGCUCACGGAGCUGCAGGGGCGUAUCGCCAAGCUGGCAGAGUUGGAGAAGCAGGAGAACCGGUUUGCCAAGCCGCAAUUUUUGGAACUCCGGAGUGGCAUUGAGAACCUGCAGAAACAAGAAAACCCGGCUCGGCAGGUAAACAUGAAUACACUGCUGAACCUUGGCGGUCAGCUGGACUACAUGGGUCGGCCUCCGCAGGAGGAGUUGUUAGAGAAGUACUUCCAUCCAGAUCAUAUGUCAUCCGAAGAGAAGAUGAAAUUGGAGCUCCAAAGGGUGAGGGAUGAGCUCAAGAUGUCUGAGAAUGACUGUGGGUCUGCACGAGUUCAAAUUGCCCAACUGACUCUGAAAAUCAAGCAUCUGUCAGCUGUUCUACACAAGAAGGAUAAACAUUCUAGAAAGGGGCUUCAGGAGAUGGUCCAAAGGAGGAAGAAAUACCUGAAAUACUUGCGCAGAACCGACUGGGACUCGUACUGUCUUGUUCUGUCAAAGCUGGGGCUUCGCGAUGUGCCCGAGUACAAAGCUCCUGAUUACAAGAGCAAAGCAACCACCAAGGCCAAAUCUAAGAAGAAUAACAAGGGCAAGGGCAAGAAGAGAAAGAACGAGGGCUCCCACGGCCGGCCCGACCCGAGCACCCGACCUGCGGUCCUCGGCCGGUGGCUCGGCUUCCUCGUCUCGCUGCCCCUCACUACCACGCAACCAGUAAAAACCUCCCACCCCGAACCCCUCCGCCGCCGACGCCGCCGUGGCCAAGGAGCACGAAAAGGACGCGACGCGACCUAUCCCUCGGUCGCGGCUCCAGAUCUCGCCGCCGCCCGUUUCUCUUCAAUGGAGGCGAUCUCCUCGUCAUGUGCGGCCGCCGCGCCACCGCCCCCCUCCAUACCCUCGUCCAGCGACCAGGGCGUCUGGGCUGACGCCUCGCCGAUCCUCGCCGCCGCGUGCCGUGAUCUCCAGGACGGGGAACUUGUACAUGGAGAAAACUUUAGUCUAUUUGCUGCAAUGUCUGCAUUGGAAAUAAUGGAUCCAAAAAUGGAUUCUGGAAUUGAGAGAAGUCGAUACAACUCCAUUGAAGAGGCCAUAGAAGAUGGUGUUGCGCCAAUCCCACUUAGCUUGGACAGGACACUUGAUGUUCAACGCUCUAUUGAUGUCAUGGAUCAUCUUUUCUCAUGUGAGGCAACAUGGCACAAGGGGCACACUCUAGCUCAGACUGUAUUUACAUGUAUCUACCUUAUGAGAAUGGAGAGAACUUCAUCGCAUGCUGUACUAAAUAGCUUUUGCAGGAUUUUGCGUGCUACUUGUAAUGCUGUCAUUUCUGUUGUUUCUACUGCCCGAACUCAUGAGGAAGAAGAUCUCUUUACUAUGUCUUUUGGGCUGCCUUUGAGAGAUGAAGGUGAUGAAAAGUGCCUGUCAAUUCUAAACUCAGUUGAAGAGACAAUAUCUCGUCAAUUACGUGCAUGUAAAGCCCAGGCAUUGUCCAAGAAAAAAACACUAGAAGGUCUUGAAUCCCUGCAGGAUAAUCCUGAUCUGGAAGAGGAUUAUUGUAGAGCUCUGUUAUGCAGAUUACGUUUUCGUAAGCAUUUCUACCAUGUUGUUAUGUGCAUGAGGAAACCUCAUGGAAGAGGAUUGGAGUUGGCCCGGAAGCAUGUUGCUUCAUGCUUGACAGAGCUUAAUUUGAUGCUUAAGUCUCGGGAGUUUCUCAAGUCCCAGUCCAGCACUAGGUUACAGCAAGGUGAUGGAAACUGCACCACUGCAUCUGGUUGUCAACCUGUUGGCUUUGAUGUUAGCUUAAACAGCAGACUUUUGAGCCCCACACCACCACGUGCGGUAAAAGUACUUAGCUGGAGCGAUGCAAUCAGGUACUUUGAGAGGCUUCUGCAUGAUCUUGAUGUCAUCUGCGCUUCGUCGCUCGAUCCUGUGCUUGAGAAUGUGCUUCACUUUAUUGUACAGUUCCAAAAAACAGUGCCAGAUUUGGUUCCUAGAGCAUUUCUUCAGACUUUGUUGGUCCAAGAUGGCAAACUUUAUGGGGAACACUUGUUUUCUGAUGUCAUUUCAAGGGCUUUAUCACUACCGGACAUUAUUGGAGAUAAGGAAUUUCAGAUGAAUGAGUUUGUUGUGCAGCUAGGUCAGUUGGUUGUCAACUUAAUGAAAAUUCUUUGUACAAACACUGCAUGGCAACGGCGCAAGCUUGGGAAGAGUUUACAGGAUUGGAGUACUAUUUCCAUACAUUUGGAGCUUGCACUGAAAAGAGAGUUCGGUGAAACUAGACAUGUCUUGCAGAAUGAGAAUAUGUGCAUGAGAGUAUCAAAGCAACUUCUUAUUUGGACUCAGGAGCAUGCAUACUGGGUUGCUUUUCGGUUUCUCACAUUGGGUUUCGAACUUGACCUAUAUUCUCCAGACGAAUAUUGUAUGGUGUACUGGUACAUGUAUGUGGUGCUCACAAAGCUAAUAGAAAAGAUGCAGUUACGAGUUCUUGCUAGUAGCGAAACCUCACGAAGAAAGGGGAAAAAGAAGAAGGAUCAUUCGAAGGAUUCAGCUCGGGAUAUAACAUUUUCAUCCUCUUGUUUAUUGCUUCAAUGCUAUCUCUUGCUAUCAGAGGGACUCUCAAUGAUGCUAGCUGUUCUCAGAAACGAAAGUAGGUCAUUCCAAUUACCAAGUAUAUUUAACACUGAACAAGAGAGAUUCAUGCAGCACUUUGAUCUUCUUCUGAAAGCUCGAGUCCCUGAGCACAUUUCCUUCUACAGUUUUAAGGAAUCAUCUUCCCGGGCAGGCAUAUCGGAUUUGGUGAAAUACAACUUCUUCAAGGAAAUUCAGAAGAUAGUCCCCUCACUAAGGGGCAGUUUUGCAAGUGAACCAGAAAAACUUGCUGAGGUCCGUCGGAUAGAGCUGGUGGCUGAGCACAACAGGCUAGCCCUAAAUAUUAUCAACCAAGUUGGAGCUGGCGAUCCAUCUCUGAGGGUCUCGUUUGAGUUUACACACCACCCUCACUUUGCAGUGGCAGUUGUGAAGAGAUCAUGA